GAGAGCGAGAGAGAGAGAGAGAGAGAGAGCGAGAGAGAGAGAGCGGCGCGCAAGCACAUUCUGGCGUACUGGCAGCUCACACUUCACAUUGCUGUACUAACUCAAAGUCUACUGACGAGAGACCAUAAACUUCACGUAGUGAAAUUCAGCUGGACGUCGUGAGGAACAACAUGAGGAACAAACGGAACGUCUGAGAGAGACCCUGAGCAGCAGUUUGAAUCAAGAAGAGAGGAGGUGAUCGUAUCUCCACUCUGCGGAUGAUUUGUUUUGCAUUGUGCAUUUCUUUCCUCCAUUUCAGAUGUGACGAGUGGAAUGAGCUGUUUUUACACACUGGUCGUUUCACUACAGCAUGGGAACUGCCGUGUCCAAGAAGAAGAAUUUAAGGAAUGAUGCGAUUUCUUCUGUUGCCGCAAAAGUUAGAGCAGCUCGAGCAUUUGGAGAGUAUCUUUCUCACACACACCCUGAGAACCGCAACGGAGCAGAUCAUUUGCUGUCUGACACCUUCAUUGGUCAAGACACAGACUCCCCUGACAUCAGCCGACUGAACAACAAUAACAGCCUCCAGCCAUAUUCCCAAAACACUCUCAUAGUCAAGCCCAGUCAAGAAGAGGUUCAGCCAGGCUUCCAGUCUGCACCCCUUCAUACCAGUUCCAAGCGUCGUCUCUCCAUAGAACGCAGCCUUUCUUCUGAGGACCAGCAGCAUCAAAAGCGUGUGGAGAGCUCUUUGAAGCCAGCACGUGUGUACACCAUUACCAGGGAGCGAGAUAUGCUCGGGGGCCAGGGAAGCGAGGAGAGCCUGGAGCUAGAAGUGCUGAAGAGGACCACAGACCCGCCUAAAACCAAUGCUCCCUCCAAUUUACAUGGCAGCCAUCAUCGUGGAAGCCACCAUCGUGGAAACAACGGCCCCACCCACCAGCAUCACUAUGGCCAUGCACCUCUGACCCAACCUUUGCAGAGCUCAGGGAGUGCCCAUAACAUCCGGGACUGGGGGUCGAGAAGGAGCAGGUCUAGAGAGGACUGCACGCCGGAUUGUGUUGCCUGUAUUCGGCCACACUGCCAGAGCCAGCGCUCUCUGGACCUUGAGACGUCACCUCACGGUGGUGGCAAACAGCACAAGAAGCUGGAGAGAAUGUACAGUGAGGACCGUGUGUCCACUGAAGAUCGAGAGGAUCACACGAACAGUUGGUUCCCUAAAGAGAACAUGUUCAGCUUUCAGACUGCGACCACCACCAUGCAAGCAAUAUCCAGGGCGUUCCGUGGAAUUGCAGAGAGAAAGAGGAGGAAAAGAGAGCAAGAGGCCACCGCACUGAUGGAGAGAAACUUCCGGAAACAUCUGAGGAUGGUGGGCAGCAGGAGGGUGAAGGCCCAGACAUUUGCUGAUCGCAAAGCGAAGAGUUUCAGCCGCUCCUGGAGUGACCCCACACCCGUCAAGCCUGACUCUCUCCAUGACUCCAGAGACAGUGGAGACCUCCAGGCGUCGUCUGGCAAUCUGGAUGAAGAAGACUGUGAUGAUGUUGACUGGGAGGAAGAGAGAGAGUCUGAAAGAGCAGCCUGCGAGGGCGAUGACUUCAUCCCACCCAAAAUCAUGCUAAUUUCAUCAAAAGUACCAAAGGCUGAGUACGUUCCCAACAUCAUCCGCCGGGACGACCCCUCCAUAAUCCCUAUUCUCUAUGAUCAUGAACAUGCCACCUUUGAUGACAUACUAGAGGAGAUUGAAAAGAAACUCACCGCCUACAGAAAAGGCUGCAAAAUCUGGAACAUGCUCAUCUUCUGUCAGGGAGGUCCAGGUCAUCUCUACCUACUGAAAAACAAAGUGGCCACAUUUGCUAAAGUAGAGAAGGAGGAAGAUAUGAUUCAGUUCUGGAAGAGACUUGGCAGAUUCAUGAGUUUAUUAAAUCCUGAGCCCAACCUCAUCCACAUUAUGGGCUGCUAUGUGCUCGGCAAUGCUAAUGGAGAAAAGCUUUUUCAAAACCUCAAGAGACUGAUGAAACCUCAUGCCAUUGAGUUUAAGUCUCCGCUGGAGCUGUCAGCUCAGGGUAAGGAGAUGAUCGAGAUGUACUUCGACUUUCGCCUCUACCGCUUGUGGAAGAGCCGUCAGCACUCCAAACUUCUCGACUACGAUGACCUUCUGUGACAUUGCGUCAUUGGUUUAAGCAGCCCAAGAGGCAGGUAGCUUACUUUAGGGCCCACAAGGCAACGUUCCCUCCUGAAAGAGAGAGCCUGGGCGGAAAAGUCCUGGGGUGGAGGAGGAAGAUGAUGAGGUUGAGGAUGAGGAUGGAUGACAAUGAGAAGAUGUUCGAAUUCUCAGCCCUCAGAUGUAACAAGAGGGGAAGCAGCCAUUACUGUUACUGUAGGUGCUGUGUGUUCACCCCAUCCAUUUGAGCUUUCAGCCUGACAGAGAAACAUUCGGUAGAUAUCAGCAGGUCUCAUCUUUUAGCCUGUGUGAGGUCUAGAAAAUAAUGUUCAAUUUCUUUGAAAAUUGAAAAAGCCGUGAUAAGAAGGAAAAAUAAGAACAGAUUUGUUUUCUCGUAUUUUUGAGUAGCUGUUCUUGUGGGGAACUAGCAGGGACAAUGAAACAAGGCCAUUUACUAAACAGGACUAGAUGUUCUUGUUAUUUACUAUUUACAGGUGCAGGACAAACCUUGGAACUACAUAACUGUUGUAUGUACAUAUUCACUCUAACUCUAUAAAAUAAUACUGUAAUUUAUAUUUCAGCAUAAUAUUGCACUGUUUUAGUUGUUAAAGUAUGGUGUUUUUUGUUUAGGAUUCAUGAGAGGGAAUAUAACUCAGGUUUCAUUCGUUUAACUGACCUCCCUCUGUACUGUACCAUCUUUAGAUAGAGAGAGAUAGAGAGAGAGAAGAAGAAGAAGGAAAUUAAAUAGAAACUUGUUUUAAUUCAAUAGGAAAUUGUUCAGUUCAAAGGACUGAGCUACCUGAGUGGGGUUGAAAUAACACUUGAUAUCUGUAUCAGGGGCUUUGUGUGCGUUUAAAUUACGCACUGUAUGUGUAACAUUAAGGCAUGUGUAGAUAGAACUCAUUAUAGAUCGACAGAUUUUGUCUUUUAGCUUCAGUGUUUUUCAAAAAUUUUCUAGCAUCUUAAGAAAACAUUGAAUAAGAUUUUAAAAAUUGAUUCAAUUUGAAUAUAGACAAUGUUAGACAGUGAAUUUGCGCUCAGAUCGUCUCAUAUUUGUGUAUUUUUCUGUUCCUUUGUUUGUCGUAAGUUUCUGUAUGUAUUUGACGUGAUGUCACACUCUGUUUUGUGGUGUUCUCUUUGUAGGUGAAGGAUAACUGAUCAUUUACCAUUUCUGAUAAGUCAAAGUGCAAUUGUAUCUGCAGUAUUUCUCUUUUCAAUAGUAAGUGGUACUGUAUGUUACCGUGAUCAUGUUUUGAAUAUCAAGAUUAGCUUUUUUUUAUAGUAUACAGGAUAGUACAUUUUAGCCUUUAAAGUGGUUCUCUGUGGAGAAAAAUGUUCUCAAAUCUCUGUAGUUGGUGCGUGGGUGUGUUUUGGAUGCGCCAAACAGAUAAAACAGUAGAUGGUUGUAAUUUUCAAUCAUCACAAGUGGAUGUUCAAGUGCAAAACAGCAGCAGCUGGUGCAAUAGACAGUCCAAAGCAUUUCAUAGAAAGCUGCCAGAGAGAAAAAGUGCAGUGUGGUUAGGAUUACUGGUGUAAUAACGUGAAGAUGAGAAUGCAUUGCAAUAUCCAGUGAAAGCGAACAGGAAAAAUAUCCCUAAUAUCGCUAUAUUUAGAGCAUAAAGCCGUGGAGAGUAUGUUCAGAAUUACACGUAUAUCCAUGUCUGUGUUUGUGGUUGAGUUUUAGCUUUAAAGAUGUGGACAGGAGCAGUGAGAUGUCAAGGAUGCAUAUCUGUUUUCCUUGUAUUGAUCCAUCACAUCUCUUUUCAUCUCUGACCACUCGUGCAGAUGCCCCGAAAAUCAAAUAAAGCACAAAAUCUGUGUAUCCGCAGGGCCAUCAGGGGAACGGAGUGUAUUUGGAUUAGAUCAAAUUAUAACAGCCUGACCGCUUCUUUACUGAGGAUAUGUUCAGACAAUUGCAUGUCUUCGUAUGGCUUUGGAUUUUGGCUUCCAAGCUCAUUUUAACUCAUGUAAUCCUCCCUGCUGUUUCUACCAAAGUCAUUGUAUGCUAUAAGACUGUAAAAUAGAGGGUUAUGAAUAUAUAUAUAUAUAUAUGAUCUGAUCUGUGGAUGUAAAAGAACAUAGCAUUUGAUUUCUUGUGUGUUGUCAAUGAUUGAGCCAAUGGCACAUGAACCAUAAGGACUCCGCAAGAGCUCUGAGGAUCAUGGAGCCAUUUGGAUUUGCUGAAAAGUCCAUGGCAAGUCAGGUGUAAAACCUGUGAAGACCUCCCUACUCUUGCAAUAAGUGUAUGCCAUAUGGCCUCAUGAUUAUAUGCAUCAGAAAGCUCAUAUAGUCAUUAAGUCAUGCUAGUUGGGAUUAAGGAAAUGAAAGGAGAGUUUGAUUGAAGAACUCAAUUUAAAACAUGCAUGUGUCUCAUUCCUAAUAAAUCUAUCAUUGUGCAUCUCUCUCCAAACUAUUUUCUGUAGCAAUAGACAUUGUAACAUGAGCUGCAUUGUUUCUAGGACACACUGUGCUGCUUCUAGGACACUGUUGUCUGAAUAUCUUUUGGAUGCUGUUUAUGUUUCCAACAGCAUCCGUUUUAUUUUUACCACAGCCACUGGCUUUGCAGCGUAAUGGAGAGAGACAUAUAGGGUGUUAUUGAGCUUCGGGCAAUAAUAUUUAAAGGCUCUGGGCAGUUUCUCUCUGUUAAUUGUACAAAUUAUUCAUGAUUCCCACAUAUAAAGCAAUUAAACGAAAUGGUUAGUUGUGAUGCUAAUUCCAACAUGAGCACCGAGAUACAUUAUAAGCUUUAUGAAAACACAAUAUUAGUAUUAGUUCCCUUUGGACAUUGUGGAGCAAAGCCUGAUAUUUUGAGAUUUAAAGAGAAUGUUUGAAUGCUUCUGAUGUGGAUUUGAUGUGCUACCCGCUUGGGGAAGAGAAAAUACCUCCAGGAGCCUGAUUUUGACCUAAUAUAUGAAGAAUAUUAGUUAACACUUUAUUUUACAGUGUUCCCUUUACACAUUUUACAUGUAGUUACUAACAACGGUAAAUUAUACAUAGUUACAUGCAACUAACCCUUAACUAAAUCCUAAGCCUAAUUAUAUAGUAAGCACAUUUUAUUGAUUAAUAUUACUCAGUACUUAAUUGUAUAAUUACACUGUAAAAAAGGGCACCUUAAAAAUAAAGUGUAACUGAAUAUUACAUUUCUUUUUUUAUUUCUUUUUUUAAUGUUUGGACUGUUACACUGCUUCAAAUGUAACUUUUUUUUUUCCAGCAAUUAAAAGCAGAAUUUUUUAGUUUAUAUUCUCUAAGGUGACAUCCUGCUGUUUGAUAUGGAGUAGUUGAUUAGAUGAAAUGCUGAAUGAUUGACAACAUCAUGAUUGCACCAUUAGACACUUGGUGGUUUUAAGAGAAAUACUGGAAGGUUAUUCAUUUAUUUAUUCAUUUUGAGUCUUGCAGUGUCCUUCUUAUUUUCUGAAAAGCCUUGCUAGUGAAACUAAUCACUUUAAAGCAUUGUCAGUAGCAAUGAUAAUACUUUUAAUAUAGCCUAUAUUACAAUAGAAAGUCUUGAAGAGUGGUGACAGUAAACAUGUAUGGUUUUCUUAGUCUGGCUAACAUUGCCGAAUACAGUAUAUGAUAUAAUAGUGUUUAGUUCAGGUAAAUGGUCAAUAUUUCUUAAGCAAAUUAGCUCAUCUUGACCGAGCUUAAGCUCAUAGUUUCUAUCUCUUUAGCUCAGUGUUCAGAGUAUUUACAAUGAAACGUUGUAUUCAGGAAGGUAGUUUGCUCUAAAACUGUGUUUUCUUGUACAACCUCUUCACAGCAGUGAACACUGGAAAUGUUUCUAUUCUGUUUUACAGUAAAAUGUGCCCAGUUUUAAGUG